UCCAUUCGGUCACCACUCAGACCGACUGCGCUCCAUCUUCUCGCCUCCGGCCGAACAUCCUUCGCCAAACCGUCGUGCUCCUGCUUCUCGCCUCUCGCCUCUCGCCUCAGCAAAUAUCCAUUGCCGAACUUUCUUCGCCAAACCGUCGCUUUAUCUUACCUUCUACGUUCUGUCACGGCUGGCGAUCUUUAUCCAUGGCCGAACUCCUCGAGAUCUCUCUGAAAGAAGUAACUCCUCUCGUCUAAAAUUAAAACUCGAAAAACAUUUUUCGGAAGUCAUUUUACGGGUUACCAAACACACCCUUAUUUGAAUUCCGGUGACCAAGAGAAUUGAUCUUCAACGAAAUCUCAUUAUGACCAAGCAACAUAACAGACACAAAUGUGUUUUCGCAAAUUCUCGUCAACAUCGUCUUCCAUAGCCUGCUGCAUUCGAUCGCUUUCCAGCUCCCCACUCCCGUGCAUCUUCCACACCACCAACCAUUUCAAAGAAGAACAGCAAGGUCGGGAACUCGAAGUUGAUCAACACACCGUUACAAAUAGAGCCUACUGGACUAGGAAAAUCCACAAGCUCUGCUCUUUUGACCGCAAUGUCGACGAAGCUCUUCGCCUCAUCGAUCAGCUCCGUCUCUACGGCUACUGCCCCGAUUCCCUCAAUCUUAGUAGCGUUAUCCAUGCUCUGUGUCAUGCCCGCCGCUUCCCCGAAGCUCACCGGCGGUUCUUUCUUGCUGUUUCCGCCCAUUCUAACGUGAAUGAGAGCACUUGCAAUGUUAUCAUUGCUCGCUUGCUCGAUUCGCGGAGCCCUGAAUCAACCCUGCAUGUUAUUCGCGCUUUAUUUCGCGAAAAACCUGAGUUUGUACCUUCUUUGAUGAACUACAACCGUUUGAUGGAUCAAUUUUGCGCUUUAUCAAGGCCUAGAGAUGCGCACCAGGUGUUCCUUGAAAUGAGAAACAGAGGGCACUGUCCCAACGUUGUUUCGUACACGACUCUGAUCAAUGGUUACUGUGGAGUCGGGGAAAUUGGUGACGCUUGGAAUCUGUUCGAUGAAAUGUCUGAGCGUGGAGUGAGUCCUAAUGCAUUUACCUACAGUAUUUUAAUUCGUGGGGUCCUUAGAAAGAGGGACAUUGAGAAGGGAAAAGCAUUGAUUGGGAAUCUUUGGGAGGUAAUGAUUGGUGAGGAGGAUAUGCAUGUUAAUACUGCAGCAUUUUCUAACGUGAUUGAUUGUCUAUGUAGAGAAGGGUUGUUCCAUGAAGUUUUUAGGAUUGCAGAAGAUAUGCCUCAAGGAAAGUGUGUAGUUGAAGAGUUUUCUUAUAGUCAAAUGAUUGAUUCACUUUGUAGGUAUGGGAUGUACAAUGGGGGUGCUAGAAUCAUUUAUAUAAUGAAAAAGAGAGGAUUCAAGCCAAGCUUAGUAGCGUAUAAUACAAUAGUACAUGGAAUUUGCAGAGAAUGUGACUUUUUCAGGGCUUAUCAACUAUUAGAAGAAGGGAUUCAGUUUGGAUACUCUCCCUCUGAGUUCACCUACAAUCUCUUGAUAGAGGGUCUUUGUUCUGUAUCUGAUCUUGACAAGGCGAAGAACGUUCUGAACAUCAUGCUAAAUAAGAAAGUUGUAGAUAGAACUAGGAUUUACAAUAUAUAUCUGAGAGCUAUUUGUCUUAAUGAUAAUCCAACUGAGCUGCUGAACACACUUGUUACCAUGCUUCAAACACAAUGCCAACCUGAUCUUAUAACCCUUAAUAUCGUGAUCAAUGGUUUCUGCAAAAUGGGAAGAGUUGAAGAGGCUCUGAAGGUGCUGCAAGAUAUGAUGAGUGGGAAGUUUUGUACCCCUGAUGUAGUGACCUAUACGACAGUCGUUGGUGGUUUGCUGGAAGUUGGGAGGGAUGAAGAAGCUCUACANUAA